GAUCGAAUAUACACAAACUAACAAUACCAAUAUUUUUCACCGAUGUUCGACCAUGGACCACCAUGGAGUUGAUGUUUCCGAGGGCCACGUCCACCAUCACGCUUCUCAUGGAUCUCCGGCGCCUGCUCCACCGAGUUCCUCUCACGAAGGACACCAUUCACCUGAAAUGACUCAUCAUGGAAGCCAUGGAGAGCACACUAAGCACGGCCAUCACGAAGGUGGAGGCCACGACAUGUCCAUGGCGAUGUUCUUUCAUACUGGCGAUGCGGAGACCAUUCUCUUCAAGUUCUGGCGCACUGAAUCCGCCAUGGCGCUGACUCUUUCUUGCCUUCUAAUUUUUGUGGUUGCGGUGCUCUAUGAGGCCCUUAAAUUCUUCAGAGAGUGGCUGUUCUCGUGGGACCGGAGGCGAUUGGCGGGCGGAAGGGAUCAGUAUAAUCGGCCAAGAAGAUAUAGAGAGGCCAACUACAAUUACAACCAGCCAACGUAUCCCCCAAGGACCAACCAACAAUCGGGAACCCAGAUCUACGCCUACCGCCCAAGGUCGCCAUCGAUGCCGCCUCUUCAGCCGCCAGGACGGAGCUCUCCUCAGGCGCAAUCCUCGCUGAUCCUGACCCAGCACACUCACCAUCAUGUUCAGGAAAAUACCCCUCCCGCUGGCAAAACCACCAAGCUCAAGGUCUAUUGCUCCGGGAUGCACAUCCUGCAGACCCUCCUGCACGUCCUGCAGGUGCUCAUAUCCUUUUUGCUAAUGCUCGUCUUCAUGACCUUCAAUGUGUGGCUCUGUGUGGCCGUUCUGCUGGGCGCCGGUGUAGGGUACUACAUAUUCUGCGCCUUCAGGACCAACGUCCAGGAGCACUGCAACUAACACAGAAAUGGACCGAGACGAGCUGUCUAGGAGCCCUGCUAAUGUGUUUUUCUAAUUAACGCAAGCUGUAAAAAUCAUAACGGCUUGGGUACCCGGCCUAAUUGUUAAUG